AUUGAUAAGUGUUAACACUAUCUUUGUGUGAAAACGCGCAAAUAUUGAUCCGUGCCCGGUGAGUAAUAGUGGACGCGCCUAACGUACGAUCGUGGAUUUAAUUAUUUAUUUGUAUGAAUUGUUAAUUGGUUUAUCGGUUGGCCGGGACGGCGCUAAUUAACGCAGUGGGACUUUUAUUAGUCGUAAAACGGUUUCAAAAUAUUCGAUUUAUUUGUCAGCGAGCGCAAAUAAACAAACUUGCCGAUAACCUAUUUAUCGCAGGAAUAACCAGUCUUAUAAAUAACUCUUGAGAGGGACUAGCGAAAAUGUCGCACACGGUCACGGUUACAAGGACCACAACCACCACAACGACCUCCGCAAUCAUCAUAAAUACGGGAUAUUUGAAAACAUGGCCUGGAAUUUUGAAACUAUUGCAAAUGCUCCUGGGGAUCGUGGUCGUGGGCCUGGUCAGCUUCUACUACCCCGACUACCUGCACGUGAGCCAGGCCCCCAAGACCUUCUUCCUGCUGAUGGCGGUCACGUUCCUGGUCGGGACAUUCCUGCUGCUGCUCUCGUGCCUGAUCUCCAUUUCGACGGCGUCGAUCAUUUCCAAGACCAUCUAUGAAGUGGUUUACCACGGUUUCGCCUUUGUGCUCUAUCUCGCUGCCAGUCUGACGUUCAUCAUUGAAGUAAAUCACUGGAAAAGCAGCUACGGGCGCGACUACGAGCCGUAUUUUGCAGCUGCGAUUAUCGGGCUUGUGCUCUCGGCGUUGUAUUUGCUGAGCACGGUGUUUGCCCUGAGGAGCUACAGGGGGUUGUAAGUUGUUGAAGUUGAUUGUUUUUCAUGGUUCGUUGCACCACAUCUACGUUAGCUUUAAAUGUUUAUGUAAUUUAUUGCCAGUAUUUAGGAUUAUUUUUUGAGCCACUUAAAACGCAAGGCAAAGAGCAAUAAUUUAAUAGUGUAGUAUCAGUAUUUAUUUAUUGUGUGAGGGGUGUCUUACAUUUCUAGGACGAACCCUUGAAGUCACUUGCUACUAGGAUUAGAGACUAACGUUUGUAAACAAUAGUUGUAAGGAUAUUGUAUACAGAGCUCUCUACUAAGCAUUUCUUGUCAGAUGUAACAGGAGUAGGAAAUAUUCAUCUGACAAGGUUGUAAGCUGCCAUUGAUGUCUAUUAAUGUGCCUAAAAUUGUAUGCCUUAGCACUUUUGUAAUAGGUUUAUUGUGAACGUUUAUACAUAUUUUAUGGAGAUAUUUAGAAUUUUAUAAGUGUUGAAUGUACUGGAGUUCUAUUUAAUUUUUGUAUAGGAUAUUUGUGAUUGUACAACUAUUUAAAAAUAAAAUUAUAUAAAGGAU